AAGUCGAAUCUGGGUUCUUUGACGUCAGCUACGUGUGAUUAUUUUAAACUGAGCAAGAUGGCGGAGGUGGGACUGAGCGGGCUGAGGAAACGUAAUCAUUUCGAACAAAACCAAACCCGUAAAAGACAUGUCUUUGACGAAGGUGUGAGUGGCGUGGAGGACGUUCCUCUGUCCCUGCCCGAUCCGAGGCCUCAUCCCCACAUGGGAUCUCGGGCAGAGGCAGAUGGUGAGACAGACAAGUGGGAACAGGCUCCAGAGACGAGCCCAGUCAAUGAGCGGCCUGUAACGGAGGAGCCUCUUGUGGAUUCUCCUCGACCCAUCCAGAUUGUCUUAGCUGACGAGGACAAUCACAAGUUUGAGCUGGACACGGAGGCCCUGGAGAAGCUCCUGCUGCAGGAGGAGGUCCGAGACCUGAAUGUGGUGGUGGUGUCGGUGGCCGGGGCUUUCCGCAAAGGGAAGUCCUUCCUGCUGGACUUCAUGCUCCGCUACAUGCACAACCAGCAGCAGGCAGACUGGUGGUUGGGGGAAGAUGAUGAGCCCCUGACCGGGUUCAGCUGGAGAGGAGGCUGUGAGAGGGAGACCACAGGGAUCCAGGUCUGGAGUAAGGUGUUUGUGGUCGACAAGCCGGACGGGAGCAAGGUUGCUGUUCUGUUGGUGGACACGCAGGGUGCCUUCGACAGCCAGUCCACCAUCAAGGACUGCGCAACUGUGUUCGCCCUGAGCACCAUGACCAGCUCUGUACAGGUAUAUAACCUGUCCCAGAAUAUUCAGGAGGAUGACCUUCAGCAUCUCCAGCUCUUUACAGAAUAUGGCCGGCUGGCUUUGGAGGAAAUCUAUCUUAAACCCUUCCAGUCACUCAUGUUCCUGAUCCGAGACUGGAGUUAUCCAUAUGAACACAACUACGGGCUGGAGGGAGGAAAACGCUUUCUUGAGAAGAGACUUGAGGUGAAACAGAAUCAGCACGAGGAGCUGCAGACUGUGAGGAAACACAUCCACUCAUGCUUCUCUAACAUCGGCUGCUUCCUGUUACCACACCCUGGGCUCAAGGUGGCCACCAACCCAAUGUUUGACGGCAGGUUAAAAGAUAUUGACGGUGACUUCAAGGAGGCCUUGGGUAAUCUGGUGCCCUUACUGCUUGCUCCUGAGAACCUGGUGGAGAAGGAGAUUGGAGGUGCUAAAGUGACCUGCAGGGAUUUAGUAGAGUACUUUAAGGCUUACAUAAAGAUCUACCAAGGAGAAGAGCUUCCUCAUCCCAAAUCCAUGUUGCAGGCAACCGCUGAAGCCAAUAAUCUUACAGCAGUUGCAGGAGCGAAAGACACUUACAGCAAAAGCAUGGAAAUGGUGUGUGGCGGGGACAAACCCUACAUCGCCCCCGCGGACCUGGAGCGUUGCCACGAGGAGUUCAAGGAGGGUUCCGUGCGUCAGUUCCGUGCGGUGAAGAAGAUGGGCGGGGAGGACUUCUGCAAGAGAUACCAGGAGCAGCUGGAGGGCGAGCUGGACGAGGCCUACUCCAACUUCCACAAGCACAACGAGGGCAAGAACAUCUUCUACGCGGCGCGCACGCCCGCUACGCUCUUCGUCGUCAUGUUCGCCACCUAUAUCGUCUCAGGGCUCACCGGAUUCAUCGGAAUGAACACUAUUGCCGUGCUGGCCAACCUGGUCAUGGGCGUGGCCCUGAUGAUGCUCUGCAUGUGGGCGUAUGUCAAAUACUCAGGGGAGUUCAGAGACGUGGGCACCGUCAUCGACCUGCUGGCAGACACGCUCUGGGAACAGGUGUUGAAGCCCCUGAGUGAGCAAUAUAUGGAGGAUAAUGUUAGACAGACUGUGGUUAACUCCAUCAGAGCCAGUCUGUCAGAGCAGGCCACACAGCACACUAAGUCCCACUGACCCCCCCCCAACCCCCCCACUGCUCUACCAUCCGCUCGCCCACCCACUCAGUGUGCUGUCCUAGAACUGUGGACCUGUGCAAACCAAAGUCGUCCCCCCCCCCCCACCCCCCUGGCCUGUAGCCAGUCAGUCUCUCUGUCUGCUGUAGUUACACACGUCACUGGUGGCACCUCUACAGUACUCUCGGAUUUGGACGGUGGACAAUCAGCGGGUUAACAAGUGGAGCUGCCGACCUGCUCUUGCCUUUACCAAAAUCGGACCGAUUUCUUGAAUGUGCCAUUUGUAGAUGCUCCCCACCUUAAAGAACUGCGCGCGCGCACACGGACAACUGUCACAACUGUACAUUUUGAAGGGUUGCCAGUAGGCUGGCUGACUCCGAUUUAGUGUCUAAUACUGUAAACAUAUUAAGCAGAUUGCACUUGCUUGGGUUUCUAGGGUAAUUCAGGGAAACAGCUCUUUGACGCUGUACAAUUGGAUGCAAGUUGAACUUUCUGCUUGGUCACAUACUGGACCCAAGCCAGUCUGUUCCACCCCUCCUGUGAUAAUGUUUGGUGGUUAACUGAGGUGGAUUUAGAAAGCCUAUUGGGCCUCUAGCUAUUUUAAAGUACUGAACUUGAAUCUUGCUUUAGUGUCUACCUACCAGUAUUACAACUCAUUGCAUGGUGUUAGAUCUAUAUAGCAAUACAGUAGGCCCUAGAGCACAAGUUAUUGUGAUUAGCUGGGGAACAUUAUUCGGACGGUUUAUUUGCCUUUCUUGAAAACCCACAAGUUAUUAAAGCUAUUGCAAAGCUAGCAUGUUUUUUAUUUUUAUUUUCAAUAAAGCACUAAUGAUGAGAUCGUGUCAACACUAUAGUACCAAUUCCAUCCACAACUGUCACACCUAGGAAUGCGCCAGUCUGUACAGUCUAAUUUUUUAAAAAUGUUUUACAAAUAGGGCAUGAUGUAUAUGAAAAAUAUUUAAUAAACUUUGUAUACAUUUUAUAGUGUUGUUGGCAAGUUGUUUUUUUUUUGCCUAGUGUGGUUUAAAGGAAUGUUUUGAAUUGGUCUUACAUUUACAAUUGCAUCUUUUGAUCUGCUAUACUGGUAUGUAAACACACUCAAGGCAAGAUAGCUUUGUCCCAAGUGGAAACAUUCAGGAAUUUGAGUGGGUCGUUUGUCUGCUUUUUAAAUCAUCUGUAAUUUAUUUUUCAAUAAACUAUUGUUAAGUUUAUCAAUUAAAAUCAGUCACCUACCAUU